AUGUUCAAAUGUUCAAUACUUCAAUCUAUUAUUGUGAUUAUCCGAUGGAAUGAGAUGCUUUCUAUUUUUAACUUUUUAAUAAAUUCGUCAAACUUUUGAUUUCUACGCGAUUCAUGCCAUUUGAGUUUUGAAACAGAUAUAUUUGAGUCUAAAACCUCAACGGAAUCUUCUUAAUAAAACUCUUCAGUCACCAUAACAGCCGCCUCCGACCUCCAUCGUUGCCACCAGUCCGAUCGGAAACAUGACGAUGGAGGGUUUCCGGGUACUUGAUGAGAAGUCGUUGAGAGAAUACAUCAAAGCCACACCAUCUUUGGCUUCCAAGCUCGGGAAUGAAGUUGAUAACUUCAAAAUUAAAGAAGUUGGGGACGGCAAUCUCAAUUUCGUCUACAUCGUCAUCUCUCCAUCUGGUUCGAUCGUCAUCAAACAGGCUAUACCUUAUGUUCGUUGUAUCGGCGAAUCAUGGCCAAUGACGAAGGAAAGAUCUUAUUUUGAAGCCACAGCUCUUAAACGUCAGCAUGGUUUGUCCCCAAAACAUGUCCCAGAAGUUUAUCACUUUGAUAGAACCAUGUCACUUAUUGGUAUGCGAUACAUAGAGCCUCCACAUAUAAUCUUGAGAAAAGGAUUGAUCGCUGGAGUUGAGUAUCCAUUAUUAGCGGAACACAUGGCUGAAUUUAUGGCUAACACCCUCUUUUACACCUCUCUUCUCUAUCUCACAACUACACAACUCAAAAGUGCAGUGGCUGAAUUUUGUGGAAAUGUGGAGUUAUGUAGGCUAACUGAGCAAGUGGUGUUUUCAGACCCUUACAAGAUUUCAGAAUUUAACCGUUGGACUUCACCUUAUCUUGAUACUGAUGCAGAAGCAGUUAGAAAUGACCAAAUAUUAAAACUUGAAGUUGCUGAGCUUAAGUCUAAAUUCUGUGAAAAAACACAAGCUUUAAUACAUGGUGAUCUCCAUACUGGUUCUGUCAUGGUUACACAUGAGUCAACUCAAGUCAUUGACCCAGAAUUUGCUUUCUAUGGGCCAAUGGGGUUUGACAUUGGUGCUUUUAUUGGAAACUUGUUUUUGGCUUAUUUUGCACAAGAUGGACAUGUGGAUCAAGGGAAUGACAGAAAAACAUAUAAAGCAUGGAUAAUGGAUACGAUAGCAGACACUUGGAAUCUUUUUUAUAAAAAGUUUACAUCUCUUUGGGAUAUACAUAAAGAGGGACCUGGUGAGGCAUACCUUCAUGAAAUUUAUAAUGAUUUGGAGCUUCGGGAGCUUGUGAAACAGAAAUACAUGAUGGAUUUGUUCCAUGAUUCUCUUGGAUUUGCUGCUGCCAAAAUGAUAAGGCGAAUUGUUGGGGUGGCUCAUGUGGAGGAUUUUGAGUCGAUUAGUGAUCUUGUGAAAAGAUCAGAUUGUGAACGAAGGGCUCUUGAAUUUGCCAAGAAUCUUACGAAGAAAAGAAGAAAUUUCAACACCAUUGCUGAUGUCAUUGCUUUAGCUAAGUAGUGAAUGACAUGCAAAUAUUGUGGCUUACAAUAAUAGAACAUAUUUUCUUGCCUUUGUUUGCUUUGUGUAAACCACUAAAUAUAGGAAGGUAAUGUGUUGUUAUAAAAAUCUUGAAAUUUAUGUAUUAAGAUGUUAUAUUUUGAUGGCUGGUAA